AACCGCGCCGUCACUCAAACCCCCGGCCGUUUUGUGAUUGGCCAGUUUCUCCCGAGGCCCCGCCCCCGCCGGCCGGCAGCAGCGUUGAAAUGACACCGUGGGAAAGCUGAGGGCUUCAAACGGGGCAAAACCUGGGCAGACGCACGUCUGGAAGACACGACAGAAGCGCCGAAGGACUAUUGUGGACAAAUCAAAAUGAAGAGGAAUCACGAUUUCAGUUCCUCGGACAGCGAGCUGGACGAGACUAUCGAGGUGGAGAAGGAGAGCGCGGAUGAGAAUGGCAGCAUGAGCUCUCCUCUCGGGUCCAUGUCUCCGACAACGACAACAACCCAAGUGCAGGCGAGGAAAAGGCGUCGAGGAAUAAUUGAGAAACGGCGCCGUGACCGGAUCAACAACAGCCUGAGCGAGCUGCGCAGGCUGGUCCCCAGCGCCUUCGAGAAGCAGGGCUCUGCCAAACUGGAGAAAGCGGAGAUUCUGCAGAUGACUGUGGACCAUCUGAAGAUGCUUCACGCUGCUGGAGGCAAAGGUUACUUCGACGCCCAUGCCCUGGCUAUGGACUAUCGUGGUUUGGGUUUCAGGGAGUGCCUGGCCGAGACGGCCCGUUACCUGAGCAUAAUCGAAGGCUUGGACAGUGCGGACCCCCUGCGGAUCCGCCUGGUCUCCCACCUCAACAACUAUGCCAGUCAAAGAGAGGCUCACUCCGGCCUCAGUCACCUGGCCUGGGGCUCCGCCUUCGGAUCCCCCCCUGCCCACCUGACGCACCCCCUCCUCCUGCAGCACCAGCAGGGGGCCCCGUUGGCGGCUCUAACCCGCAGCACCACCAGCAGCCCCCAGACCCCUCUAUCGUCUACGUCCACCUCGUCCCCCUCAUCAUCCUCCUCCUCUUCCUCGUCGGUUGCAGAGACUCACGCGCCGGGCCGGCGCAGCGGCAGCGCCAUCUCUCACCCGGAUCAAGGUCCGAUCCGAGUGCUCGCCACCACCGCGGCUCUCGUCAGCGUGCCACACCCGGCCCUGGUGUCCUCGUCGGUGUCCAAGCUGUCCCCUCCUCUCCUGUCCUCCCUCUCUGCGUUCCCCUUCCCCUUCAGCGCCUUCCCCAUCAUCUCCCCCGCCAUCGGCGCCCCGGCCCCCACAUCCAGUGUGGGUAAACCCUACAGACCCUGGGGGAUGGAGAUCGGCGCUUUCUGACUGAGAUGAAAAACUCAUGUCGAUCUACUCAAAGACUCGAGCUGAGCUGGACUUUCAAGGACGAUACUUUUUAUAUUCCCAGCUUAGAAAGUUCUAUUUUCUUCCAUGGCGUUGACAUCGCACAGAGAUUUUUACCUUUUAUUGCUAAUGUAUUGUCAUAUUUUUAUUUUUACAGAAGAGUAAAAACAGCGAGGAAGGGGGACAAUGUCUAAAAAGCAACAAGAGUGAUUUAAUGCUACUGUUCUCUGCCCCCCCCCAUACCCCCCCUACUAAAGAGUGUCACCCAAUGCUGUCAGCAGAGCAGGGAUGGUUUUUCCCGGCUGGUUGCCCGUCAAGUUCCUUGCUGAAACUGUCCCCCCUUUUGUUUUCGCUAUGCGCUGAAGGACCCACUGUUGGUGCCCUGGUUACAGCGAGGAGGAGGGGGGGGUCAAAGGGGGGGCCUGAAGUGUCACCCCCUUUUCUACAGCAUUUCAUGGGGUGCAAUAACCCAAACCAGGUGUUAGUUUGACAAAAUACUGGGAUGUAAUUUCGCUACCAGCUUGGUUGAAAUAAACGUGAUUUACACGUACAGCCUCUGAGGUUCGCGUGACGCUCCGUUGUUUAGGCUCGCUUCUUUAAUUUAUGUUUCCUGUCCACAGUACAGUUAACAGCGCAGACUUCACACGUGUUUUAGCAGCUGUUCCACGUUUCUUUUGGAUUUCUCGUGUAACUGCUAUAUUAUUUUCUCGUCAAAGCAGCAGCAUUAUUGAUCUGUAACCAUCAAGAGGAGAGCUCUAUUGUAUGUGCCACCGUAGAACAAGGCACCACACUCCCGUUUCCUGCUGUCCGCCUGAUGAUAAUCUUGUGUCUCGUGGUAAUUCUCACUGUUUGAGUUUGUAUAUUUUAUGGUUGUACAAAGAAACAAGCAAGCACUGACCAAUCAGAUUUCUCCGCUUUUCAGAGUUAUCACUGGCGUUCAUGCCAACUUCCUUGUAAUAAAAGAGUUCUGUUAAAUCA